UCUUAAAUAAUUUUAUUGAAGUGUCAAAACUGUCAAUGUCAUUGUCAUGAAUGCCAAAGUUAAUAAUCAACAAAGCAACGUGCCGGAGUAAGAUAUGUAUUAAAAAGUGAAACUGGCCAUAUAAUAACAAUGGCAGGACGAGGUCGCGGUCGCGGUAGUACGUUAUCUCUAACACAUGAGCAGCUGCAGGCGUUAGGUAUCGCGCGCGGUGAGAACAACGCACCAACUCUCGCGCCGCCUCCACUAUUUCCAAAACUCGAAGCCAAGCCAUUACCUCUCGCCUGUGAUGCUGCUACCGACUAUAUGCUGAUCGUUAAGGACCAAUUCAUUGGAUUCCUGCACGACUCGCCCGCAUAUGUCAAACCGAAAACAAGAACUGACGACGUAGAAAGGUAUUCCGACAAGUACAAGCUUCUCGCGAUGGACGCUAAACAAGGAAAAGUUUUAGACUGUGUUUGGAAUAAUAUGCCUACGGAGCUCCGACCGCAGGCGCGACGCGUCCGAGCGUCGACGCGUAAACGACGCCUAGACGAUCCUUCGGAGAUUAAUAAGAGAUUCCAGACUCUAGAAAAGAAAGAAACGCUAGAAGAAAAUGACGAACAAAUGGAAACAAAUGAAGGCGAAGACACUGUGAAAAAGGUUGAAGCGAAUGAUGAUGAGGACUUAGAAGAUGAACAGGAGCCAGAAGAUGAACUGGAUGAUGGGACUGACUAUGCUAAUAAUUACUUUGACAAUGGGGAAGAUUAUGAUGAAGAAGAUGACAAUCUGGAUGAUGGUCCUGUAUACUAAAGUGUACUGUUUCAGUGAGUAAACUUUGUGUGUAAUUGUAACUUUUAACAUAUUUUUUGAGCAAAAAAGUUUUGCCUAAAGUGUAGAUACUCCUAAAACUUGGUCUAUAUCUGAAACAAAAUAAAAUUAUUGUAUCAUCCUCUAUGAUCAAGUUGUUUAGGUUACUUUCAUUGCCUGAUUAGUCAAUGACUAUUACUUUGUUAGAUGGGCAUAAAAAAUGUGAAUCUGGUACCUUAGCAUACUGUGCAAGGACAUAUUUGAGAAUGCAAGCAGGUGCAGCAUGUAGUAAAGGCUCCAGUGCAGGGCGAUGCAGACAGCAUUGAAGUGCCUGUUUUAGGGCACAGGAGGUCCUGGCAUGCACCUCGGCUGAUGACUUCGGAUUUGUGUAUAACUGUGAAUAUAUCAUAAUUUGUUCAUAAACAUACUUUGGGAUUUUUGGUGCGGGAAUGGUUUUGUGUAUUUAUAACUUUGUUUAUUGUAAAAAAAUUAUCAAAUUAUGAAUUAAAAAUAGGAGGAAGCUCCAAAUGUAGAUUUGACCCUUACUGUAUAAACAUUGAAAUCCUGAAAUUAAUGCUUCUAUUCAACAGCAAAACCCAACAAAGUCCCCUUUAAUUCUUGUGAUUAGGAUCUCUGGGUUCUUUUAGCCCUUUCCUGCAUGUCAUAUAAGAUUAUUUGUUUAAAUAUGAACUUCAAUAGCCAUAAAUACAGUUGAAUAUUAUCAAUUAGAAUGCAGUAAAGGGUUAUGUAUGAUGCAGAGAAAGCACUAAUUGAGAAGGGAAUUAAAUUUUUUCAGAAAU